GCACAAUAUGUUACCGGAAUUAUCGAUAUUUUGUGCGAAGUGUCACCUCUGUGUUUUGUUAAUUAUAUUCUGUGGAAAGUAAUUCUGGCAAAUUAUUGGCGGUUCGUGUACAGUUUUGUUAAAACUCCCAGUGCAUUGUCAUGGAUAGGUGAAUUGGAUAUAUUUGAUCGGAAGAGUAUAGUGCAGUAUAUAAACUUAAAAGCCUCUUUCGUAUAAUCUCUGAAAUUUAUUGCAUACCUAAAUGGAUGGAUUAACCCGGUUAUCGAGCAGUGCUCAUAGUAAUGGAAACAAUCUCGAUCAAAAUAAUACAGUAUCUAAUAUGCAGUUGCAAUCAAAAACUCUACGCAAUUUUAAAUUAGUUUCUGACCCAGCCUUGGUAAAAGGAGCAAUUAAGAUAUAUCGCUACGAUGGUAUUACACCGGAACAACCAUAUUCAUCCAUGGUACCCAGAGAUCCUCGGAAUCCCAUUGUACGUAUGCGUGCAAAACCUGUGGAUCCAUUGGUUCUUAUUAUACCACGGUAAAUUGGUUUCCAUAUAUGCUUUCGCAUUAUACUUUUAUUUCAUUUAUAUGUUACAGAUUUAAAAUUGAUCAAAAUUACGUUGGCCAACCUCCACCCAUCGAAAUUACUUUGACAAACUUAAAUGACAACAUAGAUAACACAUUUUUGGCUGGAAUGUUAAGUAAAUGUGGUUUAUACGAUGAAUUAGUGAUACAUCACCAUCCAGUAACUAAUAAACACCUUGGUAUAGCUCAUAUUGUUUUCGAAAAUACAAAGGCUGCUCGCUUGUGUAUUGAAAAAUAUAACCAAAAAUCCGUUAUGGGAAAAGUUUUAAGUGUUUUUCAUGAUCCAUUUGGAAAAAUUUGUCAAGAAACUGUGGACCAACUUACGUCUGGAAAACCAAAACAUAAUUCCACUAUAUACACCCCAAUUAAUUCGUUUACACAUCAUCCAAUAAGUGUUACACUUCAAAACAGCACAACAUAUAUUAAUUCGGAAUCACAGCAUGAUUUUAAGAGUCAGGACAUUUAUAAUACAGCAGAUUUACCAAAUUAUCAAAAAUUUCGUAAUGAGCGUGAAUUUUCACAACACUCUCAACAAAAGUACCGGAGUCAUAUGACUGAUGAAUUGCAAAGUCGAGAAUCCAGAGAUAAAGAACGUAGUAGGCAAAAAUAUUCGUAUCAAACGUCAUAUGAUCGUACGAAGAAUCAUUAUAAUAGAUCUGAAAAUGAUAGAGAACUUUCUAAGGAAAGAAACAGAGACCGUGGGAAUCGUCGUGACAGAGAAAGAGAAUAUCACAAAACACGUGAUAGGGAACGGGAUCGUGAUAGGCGUCGAGACAUUGACAUAGAACGCGACUAUCGUAAAAGAAAUAGUGAUCGCUGUGAUAAAGAUAGAGAAAAAGAUAAGAAUCGUAGCAGGCUUAUAACACAAGAGGAAAGAGAAUAUGAAACGCAUAAUAACUAUAAUGUCAAAUCAAGAAUUCCUCAAACGUCUAUGUUUUAUCAUCUCGGAUCUUCGUUUCCACAUAACUCUGUUCAAACACUAGGGCCUUCAAUAAAUACUGUGUUAGAACAGAAUUACAGAUUUCCAUCAUAUGGCUUUAAUGUCGAAUCAUCUCAAAAUCCUUGGAUUGGGCAGAGAACUUGGACUGCUCCACAACCUCAAUCCGAACCAAGUGUAGAUAUUCCCCCGCCACCUCCCCCGGAUAAAACACCAGAUUGGGAUGAUCCCGAACCUCUGCCACCGGGACAAACAAGCCCUCAAACUAUUGCAGAAUCACAAACUGUUAAAAGAUCAGUUAUUCCUGCAGAAACUAAGGAAAAUUCUGUAUCUGUAGAUAAAAGUGAUAUUACAGAUUUAGGAAAAGUUGAUUUAGAUACAAGAAUUGAAAUGAUGUUUAAAAGGAAAUCAUUUGGAAAUGCUCCACCGUUUCUACAAAUUGAUAGUAGUGACUCGGAAGUUGAAAUCGUGAAAGUCAAACAAGAUGAUGUAGAAUUGUGUCCAGACUCUAAUUUGAAAAUAAAAAGGAAGAGUUUAGAGACGAAUAAAAAAUUUAGUAAAGAGUCACAAAUAUAUGAGCAACAUGACGCAAGUGACAUUUCUUCAAGUGAUGACGAAAUUCUUCAUAAAAAAGAAUCAUUGAGUCCUAUUCAGUCAAUCAAAGAAGAUGACAGACAUAAUCGCCAACCAUUGUCAAAUGUAUCGUCUCAAGAUGGAGCUUAUAAAAAUAUAAAGCAUAUACAGGGAAGUAGUACAUCGGACGUUACGGCGAGUUUUACAGAAUCCAACGUAAAAUGUAGUUAUACCUAUCAAAAUAAUGAAAAUGAAUAUUUUAAACAAAAUUUCGCAUAUUCUUUACAAGUCUACGCUGAUACAUCAAUAUCUCGCCACUUUCCCAAUCCUGCAUACAUGCACUCGUCAUACAUGCCUGGGGUUAGCAGCUUGUCUUAUGGUUCAUCAUAUAAUGAUGAUUACGGAUAUUACCUUCACCAAUUGGGUAGUGACAAUUACAAAGCAUUUGCUGGUUAUGGAUACAAUCAAAAUGAUCCAUUUAAGAAGCAAAUAGACGCUGUAGUCGAAAGAGUAAGCAUUGAAUUGAAGCAAAUACUCAAACGUGACUUCAAUAAAAAAAUGAUAGAAAAUACUGCUUAUAAGAAUUUCGAAACAUGGUGGGAUGAUCAACUGCAAAAAAGUCGUUAUAAGGAAAGAACUUCUGUUAACAGUGAUCAAAUUUCACAGUUUUCUAUUGCAUCGGUGGUUAAAAGUAUUGACAAAGCUCCAGACAUAAAUCAGUUAAUUAAUAGUCAGUGUGAUAUGUCUGAUUUGAAUUCAUUUACAAGUCUUGGACUUCGUGCGUCGAUACCAAAAUUACCUUCAUUCCGUCGGAUCCGUAAAGAAUCAAUUCCAGAGACUAAGGACUAUGAAAAGCAUUUAAGUGAUCAAGAUGAAAUGGUUCAUGGCUCGGAUUCAGAAAAGGAAGAUGUCAAUGCAGAUGGUAAUAACGUUCGUAACAAAACUAAUAAAAUUGUGGCUUGCUCUGAACUUUUACCAAAAUCAAAACGAAAGGCCAGCGCGUCUAGUUUUUCGUCUUCAGAUUUGGAAGACAGUAGUGAUGAGGGACAUACAAGUGAAGAUAGUGUAUUGUCUGAAGAAGAAUUUAGUUCAUGUUCAGAAAAUAAUUAUAAUCGUGAGAAUGGAAAAUGUGAUAUAAGCAUAAGGCAACAAAUAUCGGGUCUGAUUUCUGACUAUAAUAAAGAAAAUAAUAAAACAUGUAAAUCUAUACCUUCAAAAAAUUACAUAUAUUCAGAUAGCGAUGAUGAACAUGUAAUAAAAGAUAACGUGAAAUCGCCUAAAACGCAAAAAAAUUUUUCUAUUACAUCUGACUUAGAAGACAUUAGUAAAGAUAGCACUAUUACAGUUACCGAGGAUUGUGAGGAAAAUGUUAAAAAAUAUCCAAGUGAUAAUUUAAAUUCUGCAAAUGAAAACGGAGGCGCCGUCGCUACUGUUUACAAUGUCGGAACUAUAAAUAACACUGAAAAGGAAAGAAAGAAUGUAUCGAAUUUUGAAUAUGACCGAAUAUAUAGUGACUCCGAGGAAGAGCGAGAAUAUCAAGAACGACGUCGUCGAAACACAGAGUAUAUGGCACAAAUAGAACGGGAGUUCCUCGAGGAACAAGCACUAAAAUUGCACGAAACUCAGGAUAAAAGUCUUAGAAGCGUAAAAGAUUUAAAAAAUAAACCUCUCGCAGUAAAUGAUAUUUCUGAAUUACUCCCUCAAACAGAAACUGCUACCGAAAAUUUAAGAAAUACUAUAAAAAUAGAAGAAGCGACUAAAAAGAGAGAUAAAUAUAAAGGAAAGAGGGAGAAAAUUGCGCCAGUUCUCUCUUCUAAAUCGAAAAAUGGUUUGAAAUUUAAAAAGAAACAAGAAAUUAAAAAAAAAAUUCAAACUUUUAUUUCACCUUUACCUUCGCAAAACAGUGUUGCAAGUAUAAUCGCAAUUGAUGAAGAAAAUAAAAACUCAACUGAAUUAAAUAACCAACAGCCUAGUACGGUUGAGAUUCAAAAAAUUCAAUCAGAUGAAGUAUACAAAGAAUUUAGUGAUGAUGUGAAAAUGUCACCGUCCUCUGAUGGUGGUUCAAGUCAAGCAAGCCAGGCUAGUCAGGUUGCAUUAGAGCAUUGUUAUUCUUUACCUCCCCAAGCUGAUACUUCAACAUCCUGCAACCAGAGGAAGAAACAUACACAUUUUAACAGAGAAAACGAUAACGAAAAUCCCCAAGCUGAUACUUCAACAUCCUGCAACCAGAGGAAGAAACAUACACAUUUUAACAGAGAAAAUGAUAACGAAAAUCAACAAAACUUAGAACAUGAUCAUGGUGCUUAUGCUAAUACUAAUGCUUUUGGAAGCAACGCCGAAGUUAUUAUUUCUGAGGAGCAAAUAGUUCAGCGUCAAAAUUCUAAACCUGGGCCUGGUCGUCCAAGAAAGGAUUCUACAAAAAUUCGAAGAAAAAAAUGCAUAACACAAAAUUCGUACGACCUUGCUGUGGAAAAAAAGUCCAUGUCCAGAGAUAUUUUGCAAAAUUUAGUAUCUCAAUCGAAUUUUAUUCCCGCAGAGCUGUUUAAAGCUCGUGAUGCAACUGACGAAUUGAUGGUGCUAUAUGAAUUUCUUACAAAAGGAAUUGACUUUGAAGAUAUAGAAUUUAUUCGAAAAAGUUAUGAAAUUCAUUUACAAGAAGAUACAUAUGGAUUCUGGUUAAAUAAUACUCAUUGGGUUGAUCAUUGUAUAACAGACCGUUCUUUCGUACCACCUCCACAAAAAAAACGAAAAAGAGAAGAUGAACUUAAGCGACAUAAAACUGGUUGUGCUCGUACUGAAGGUUAUUACAAAUUAGAUGUUAGAGAGAAGGCUAAGCAUAAGUAUCAUCAUGCUAAAUCGAAUGUAGAAAAUGCCUUAAGCAUAGAUCGCAGUGAUGAUCAGUUGCAACAAUCGCAUAAUAAGUUGAUUUCCAAAAUGCAAGGAAUUUCACGCGAAGCGCGAUCCAAUCAAAGGCGUUUACUUACUGCUUUUGGUUCAAUUGGAGAAUCUGAAUUACUAAAGUUUAAUCAAUUAAAAUUUAGAAAAAAACAACUAAAGUUUGCCAAAUCAGCUAUACAUGAUUGGGGUCUUUUUGCAAUGGAACCGAUUGCGGCUGAUGAAAUGGUUAUAGAAUAUGUUGGACAAAUGAUACGUCCAAUUGUUGCGGACUUAAGAGAAUCUAAAUAUGAAGCAAUAGGAAUCGGCAGCUCAUAUUUGUUUAGGAUUGAUAUGGAAACAAUUAUUGACGCCACCAAGUGUGGUAAUUUAGCUCGCUUUAUCAACCACAGUUGCAACCCCAACUGCUACGCGAAGGUCAUUACGAUAGAAUCUGAAAAGAAAAUAGUAAUUUAUUCCAAACAACCAAUCGGAAUAAACGAAGAAAUAACUUAUGAUUAUAAAUUUCCUUUAGAAGACGAAAAAAUUCCUUGUUUAUGCGGAGCGCAGGGGUGCAGAGGGACUCUCAAUUAAUUAUGAUUUUAGUUCUAAAGAUUACCUCAUUAAGUAUCGAUACAUCUAUGUAAGUUUAAAUUUGUGUAAUAUUGUUUAGUCAUAAAGCACUACAUAAAUAUACUUAUUUUUAGUAUCUGUUUAUUGAGUUUACUGUUAUUUACAGUAACUUAUUUUUUGUUAAAUAUCUAGUUCCUUAAAGAUGUAUAAAAUUCGUUUAUGGAAAUCUUGUCAACUAAGAAUUGAAAAUUAAAAAAUAUAUAUAUUAUAUAACCAA